CUGGGCACGAGGCUUGUUUAUUGGGCGAAAUUUAAUGAUUCCCUGUAAUCAUUUAGCAUUUGCGUGAGUUGCCAAACACAGGGCCUAUUUUAUAUUCCGUUUCGGCCAUACUCCGCCUACAACCGACUCGUCUAUAUCCAGACAAACACCCGCAGCAGCAGCCGCAGACGCAGUUCAUCCGUCACAGGGGCCGCGGGCAGAGCACAAAACAUCAACCGCAGAAACGGAAAACAGAAACCUCUUCACUUCGAAAUCGUGAUCGAAGUCGAGUGAAUGAUUCGGGGAGCGUGUCGUCUACAUGGUAGUCGUAGUCGUAGUCGUGCAUAGUACCAGUACCAAGUACCAGAGUACCGCCGCAGCAGUGUCAAUUAGUAGUUUCGCAUAACACCACCUCACGCGUACACACUCAACAUACUCUACAGAGCACGAGCACCACCCCCCGAACAGCCGCCCACCAGUGAAUCGCGAUAUCCGUGUUAUACAACAAAAUUGUUCCGUGUUCCUCUGCCAUACGCCGGCUAAAAAUCGACCUCCCAAACAUCGGAAAGCCAUCUUCGCCCGUUGGAGCAGCCUAAUCGCAGAGGAGAAAGCGGUUCUACAACUGGAACUGGAACUGGAGCUGUAGCUGUAGCUGUAGCAACUGGUCCGGAUUAGCAGGUCAUCGUAAGAGGAGCAGCCGCAGCAAGGGCACCACUACCAGCUGCACCACCACCACCACCGGAUCCACCAUGAACAUAGACGAUUACGAAUCGUUGCCCACCACCAGUGUGGGUGUGAACAUGACGGCGGGCGCCAUUGCGGGUGUGCUGGAGCAUGUGGUCAUGUAUCCGCUGGACUCCGUCAAGACGCGAAUGCAGAGCCUUUCGCCGCCCACACAAAACAUGAACAUAUUGUCAACCUUUCGGAACAUGGUCACGCGUGAGGGCUUGUUAAGACCCAUUCGGGGAGCCAGUGCGGUGGUAUUGGGUGCUGGUCCGGCGCAUUCGCUGUACUUCGCUGCCUACGAAAUGACCAAGGAGCUAACGGCCAAGUUCACAUCAGUGAGAAACCUCAACUAUGUGAUUUCGGGAGUUGUGGCCACCCUCAUUCACGACGCCAUUUCUAGUCCCACGGAUGUGAUCAAGCAGCGAAUGCAGAUGUAUAACUCACCCUACACAUCGGUGAUAUCCUGCGUCCGGGAUAUCUACAAGAAGGAGGGCUUCAAAGCCUUCUACAGAGCCUACGGCACGCAACUGGUCAUGAAUUUACCAUAUCAGACAAUACAUUUUACCACAUACGAGUUUUUCCAGAACACAUUGAACCUGGAACGCAAAUACAAUCCUCCGGUGCACAUGGCAGCGGGUGCUGCAGCUGGCGCCUGUGCAGCAGCUAUAACCACGCCCCUGGAUGUGAUCAAAACGCUGCUGAACACUCAGGAAACUGGACUGACGCGCGGCAUGAUCGAGGCCAGCCGAAAGAUCUACCACAUGGCUGGUCCAUUGGGCUUCUUCAGGGGCAUGACCGCCCGCGUGCUGUACUCCAUGCCCGCCACGGCCAUUUGCUGGUCCACGUACGAGUUCUUCAAGUUCUACCUGUGCGGCAUGGACGCCGAUCAGUACAAAUCGUCAAUUACGGGCCGCUCGGAGCCCCGCAAAGCGGACUACGUGCUGCCCAGGACCACGGAUGAGGAGCAGAACGAUCAGGAUCGGGAGACGGCGAAGGAGAAGGAGAAGGACACGGCUGCGACCCUGCACUCGACGCCGACCUCGGUGAAUGCCGCCGGUGCCAUCAAGACGGUGUGUGAGCUGUCGACGCGACCCGCCGGGCCAACAAUCAACCUGCACACGCGGCACACGGACGUGAAGAGUCCAUACGAACGGGGCUUCUCCAGCACGUAGGCUGCGCCAGUGGGCGUGGCCGCGAGCGAGGCCUGCGUUCGAAACGUUUGCAGCAGCAGCAGGAGCGACAGCUAAACCUAAGCGUAGCUAUUAGUUGGCGGUGGGGAUCGGGGAAGCUGGGAUGUGCGAUGGGUGGUGGUCACCGUUGGGCAGGUGUGGACGACACGGUGUUCGAAACGCCUGCCGAUCCGCUCACCACCGUCACUGGCCAUUGCCCCACCACUUUCAGCCCACCCGAACCCAGCUGCUUCUUGUAUGAAUACUCUGCGAGGAGUCGGUGAGAGAGUUUUAUCACUCCAUAGUCGGAGGUUAAAUCGUAGUUGUUGUUCUGCACAAAACUCUCGCUCUCACACACAACACGCAAAACUCCACAACACACACACACACCUACACCAUCCCCACACACACACAGAGAAAACAGUUUUAGGCAAAAUGCGAAAUUCUUGUUAAAAAGUAUAUGCUAAUGAUAAUGCUGUAUCUAUGUUAUUUCGAAAUGAGAGAACCUUCUGUAAAAUACUAUUACCUACUAUUAUGUAUUACAACCCUUGAUUUACUACAUUUAUAUAUAUUUUUUUUUAAAACAAGUUUCAAAGUAUAUAUACAUGCAUAUAUUUCUGUUGAUCGUUGUAAAGUAGUCAAGAGCAAAAAUGUAAAGCAAACACACACACAAGCGCGCGCGCCGAGGAGUAAAAUUCAAUAAUUUGUAAUCCAAUUACACUUAAAUCUUCAAACUGAGAUGUUACAAAAACUAACGAAUCGCAGAUACAGUCUCCCUCCCAGAUUGCCCAAUCUAGACCCGAUACUAACUAGCCAGCCAGCCAGACCCUUCCCAAGUGUAGAGUAGUAGCCUAGCUAUGUCUGUUGUCCCUUGCGUCCCAGCACUCCAUUGCGAUUGCUUAAACAUUUAAGAUUUUCUCCAUUGUUUUUAACCAAUCAUCACACACACACAACUUUCGUCUCAGUGCUAGAGUUCUUCACCCUUUUGCCUAGCAAUCGCAAUUCAGUGCCAGGGAUCGGGGGCAACCGGAAUCCCCAGAAUAUACAAUAAUGCAUCAUAUUAUUAUGUUCACUGUUAUUUUUGUUUAUAUAUAUAUGCAUAAUAUAUGUAUAUGCUACACCGACGAUUAUUAAACUAUAAGGUGUAGCUCUAAAUUACAAUUUUAUUGUUAAAGAAUUCAAAAGAAAAACGAAGCGGAAGCAGAAGCAAUAACCAUUGGCCAGCGAAAAAGCCCAUUAAACGGAUGAAAGAAAGAAA